AUCCCAGUAGUUUAAGGAAGAAGUGGUUUUAUUUUUACCGUAGUUUCUAAGUACUUAGAGCAUCAUGUGAUAGUUCCCGUGGUUUCCCAGCUUUAAAUUACCACCCAACCUGCCCGACCGGAUCAUUUUUGCCAGACCUCUCUUUAAAAUGGGAGCUUUAACAGUUGUUUGCCUCCUGGUUUGUACCAUAACCAUUGACUUCACCGCGGCCAAAUACGAACCGACCUGGGAGUCCAUCGACUCCAGACCGCUGCCAGAGUGGUUCGACCAGGCUAAGUUCGGCAUCUUCAUACACUGGGGGGUGUUUUCUGUGCCCAGCUUCGGCAGCGAGUGGUUCUGGUAUUACUGGCAGAAAAAAAUCCCGCAGUAUGUCGAUUUCAUGAAGAAAAACUAUCCUCCGGACUUCAAGUACCAAGACUUUGCACCACAGUUUACAGCUGAGUUCUUCGAUGCCAAAGAGUGGACGGACAUCUUUGCUGCAUCGGGGGCAAAGUACAUUGUGCUGACCACGAAACACCAUGAAGGAUUUACGCUUUGGGGCUCCAAAAACUCCUGGAACUGGAACGCCGUGGACGUGGGGCCAAAGCGAGACCUGGUGGAUGAAGUGGCGAGUGCCGUGCGCGCCCAGGGUGGCCUUCGUUUGGGGCUGUACCAUUCUCUGUUCGAGUGGUUCAACCCGCUCUUUGACCAAGAUGCCGCCAACGUCUUCACUACAAACUACUUCCCUACCACUAAAACUCUCCCCGAGCUUUACGACCUUGUUUUGAAGUACAAACCAGAGGUGCUGUGGUCCGACGGCGAUGGAAAUGCUCCCGACAAAUACUGGAACAGCACGGGCUUCCUGGCCUGGCUCUACAACGACAGUCCGGUAAAAGACACCAUUGUGACGAACGAUCGCUGGGGCUCUGGUUCCAUCUGCAAACACGGUGGGUAUUACACCUGUAAUGACCGCUACCAGCCAGGACAUCUGCUCAAGCACAAAUGGGAAAACUGCAUGACCAUCGACUCCAAGUCCUGGGGCUACAGACGCAACGCUCCGCUCAGCGACUACAUCGCCAUCGAGGAGCUCGUGGCGACCCUGGCGGAGACCGUGUCCUGUGGAGGGAACCUGCUGAUGAACGUGGGCCCGACGCACGACGGCAGAAUCGCCCCGAUCUUCGAGGAGCGCCUCAGGCAGAUGGGCCAGUGGCUGAAGGUGAACGGCGAGGCCAUCUACAACACGACGGCGUGGCGGGCUCAGAAGGAGAACGUCACCAAAAACGUCUGGUACACGUCCAAACCUCAGGAAAAGGCGAUCUUCGCCAUUUUACUGGACUGGCCGGAUGAUGGAUCGGUGAUCCUGAAUGAACCCGUGGUUACCCAGAAACAGACGCAGGUGGAGCUGGUGGGUCACGGCCCUCUGCAGUGGACGCCUGUGCAGCCCGGCGGACUGCAGGUGCUUCUGCCUCCGAUGUCCUUCAGGAAGAUGCCGUGCCAGUGGGCCUGGACUCUGAAGCUGACAGGAGCCUCCUGAAGGAAAAGCACUUCACUCCAACAGGAAGUGGCAACGCUGCUGGCUAGAAGAGACUCUCUGCUCUCCUGCUUCAAUGACUUACCUUAAAUCUGUUUUUCUUGUUUUAUACGUACUGUAUAUUUUCAACAAAAAAAAAAAAAUCAGCUCUGAAGAUCAGCCA